AUCGAUCUCCCCUCCCCUAUUGUUGAACCGGUUGUGGAACGCGCACCAUCGACAACUAAUUCCCAGAACAAUACACGACAGAGGCGACAUCAGAGCAGCGGUUCCUCUGCCUCGUCUCAUCGCAGGGCACAGUCCCAUGGGCACCGGCAACGGGAUCGUGAGCUUCCGCCCACUCCCGGUGUCUCUCCAGGAAUGGACGAUGGUGCCGAUAUGCCUCCUACUGUUAGGCCACAUGCGAGCGUCUAUCGACCGCCGACUCCUCCCACCUCUGCAGGCUCGAGAUACACAUCGUUUCGUGUACAGUCGCCUACACAAGAGGCGGUGUCGCCGCAGGUCGCAAGGCAGACUAGUCACAGUUCUGGCAGGAGCCGUGGGAGUCAUAGAAGGAGAGGAUCGACCGGAAUCGAAGAUCCGCUUGCGCUGCUAAGGAAGUACGACACCAUCAUUUUGGUAGACGAUAGCGUCUCGAUGGCUGAUCUCUGGGAUGAUGCUAAGGAUGCUUUGGCGGAGAUAGCUCUGCUCGCAGCGCGCUACGACAUCGACGGUGUGGAUAUCCAUUUCGUGAAUGACAAGAGAGAAGGGACGAAUCUAAGGACCGCAGAAUCAGUGAUGCAGCUCUUUGCUUCUGUCAAUCCUGCUGGAGAGUACUCCGAGAUCGCGGGUCGACUAGAAGACUUCUUGCUGCCCUACCUGAGCAGAGCGGAAAAGUACCAAGAAGCGGUCGAGCUAGGCACUGCAGCCCUUCUCCCGAAGGUUCGACCAAUCAACUUCAUCGUCCUUACUGAUGGUGUGCCUUCGGAUGACCCGGAAUCCGUGAUCGUUGCCGCAGCGCGUAGGUUAGACGCGCACAAUUUCCCACUAUCACAGGUCGGCAUCCAGUUCGUGCAGCUGGGAGACGACCCGGAGGCUACGGAAGUUCUGCAGUAUCUGGAUGAUGGGCUUGGAAAGGCGCACGGGAUCAGGGAUAUGGUCGAUUGGACGUUGCUGCCUGAAGGCGGACUUGAUGCUAGCGUUCUGACGAAGAUCCUGCUGGGUGGGAUCAACAGGCGCGUGGACGGGAAAUGAGCUCAUCGAGG